AUUGUGUUGAUUGACGGACUGAUUGAACAUCCAUGUCACACACACACGAUACGAUAUAUUCCAAUUCGGAUUGUUUAAAGCCGGCUUAUGAUCAUCGAUCGAUUGAUCGUUGCUCAAUCAAUCAAUCCAAUUCAAUUCACUUUUUCUAUAUGUAAAACGUGUCACCAAAAUUUUUCAAAACAGCUGACUUAUCAUUCAUUUUGUUCGAUUUGAAAGCAAAAAAAUGUAUAAAAUAUCUAUCUAUACCGUUUUAUUAUUAUUGUUUAUGGUUGUCCAACAAUUAGAAUCAAAUUAUCAAGACGCAAAUAUACCACAACAUCGUCGUUUUGAAUAUAAAUAUUCAUUUAAAGGACCAUAUCUUGCACAAAAAGAUGGUACAGUACCAUUUUGGGAAUAUAGUGGUAAUGCUAUUGCAUCGGAAGAAUUAGUACGUAUUACACCAUCAUUACAUUCAAAAAAAGGACAAUUAUGGUCAAAAUCAUUGACAACAUUUGAUUGGUGGGAAGUUGAUCUAAUAUUUCGUGUUACCGGCAAAGGACGUAUUGGUGCUGAUGGUUUAGCAUUUUGGUAUACCGAUCGGAAAUAUCCUGAAGGUCCUGUAUUCGGUUCUUCGGAUCAUUGGAAUGGUUUGGCUAUAUUUUUCGAUUCAUUCGAUAAUGAUGGUAAAGGAAAUAAUCCAUAUGUAAUGGCUAUGUUGAAUGAUGGUACGAAAACAUAUGAUCAUAAUUCGGAUGGUAUUAGUCAACAACUGCAAGGUUGUUUACGUGAUUUUCGUAAUAAACCAUAUCCUGUACGAGCAAAAAUUGAAUAUUAUCGUAAUGUAUUAAGUGUUAUGAUACAUAGUGGUAAUACAAAUAAUGAUGAUGAUUAUGAAUUAUGUUUUCGUGUGGAAAAUGUUUUCUUACCACAAUAUGGUCAUUUUGGUAUUACGGCUGCUACCGGUGGUUUAGCUGAUGAUCAUGAUGUAUUGAAAUUUCUUACAUAUAGUAUAGAUGCAAAACCUGCUAAUAAUGCACAACAACAACCGGGACAACAAGGACCAGGUCUUUCAGAAGCAGAUAAACAACGUUUUAAUAAAGAAUAUGAAAUAUAUAAAGAAAAAUUAGAACGACAACGUGAAGAAUAUUUGAAAGCACACCCGGACGAAGCAAGAAAACUGGAAUUAGAAUCCGAAAAAGCUGUUGAUGCUGAUUUUGAUUUUUCCGUAAAAGAAUUACGACAAAUUUUUGAUGGCCAAAGUGAAGUUUAUGAACAUGUUAAAUUGAUGAGUAGGAAAUUGGAUGAAAUUAUUGGUCGACAAGAAAGAGCUUUAUCGAUGAUAUCGAAUUUACAUUCGAUUGGUGGUGGUGCUAUUCCACAACAAACCGGUGGUGGUGUUCCACAAAUUCCUGCCAAUUUACCUAUAUCACGUCCAGAAGUAGAAACAUUACUUGGUGUACAACGUGAAUUGAUACAAAAUUCAAGGGAGAUAAAAGUUCUUGUACAACAUACUCAACAACAACAACAACAACAUGGUCAGGUUCCAGUUCAACAUCAACAAGCUGUUGGAUCACAAGAUUCAGGUAAUCAACAGCUUGCCCUGUUACAACAAUUAUUGAAUGAAGUACGUGAAAAUAUGAAUGUUGUUCGGCGAGAAUUUGGUACAUUAACAACAAGAUUGGCUUCAAUUGGUGGCGGUGGUCAUGCAUCACCGCAACAACAACAACAAACGCAAUCAGCACAACAAAGUUGUAUUUCAACAUUUAGUUUUAUAAGUUUUCUUUCAAUUCAUUUAUUAAUGAUAUUUGGUGCUUUAUAUUAUUUUUCCGGUCGUGAUCAACAAUCGAAAAAAUUUUAUUAAGAAAAACCAAAUCAAACCAAAAAAAA